AUGGGUAUCUCUAAAACCCCCGAGGGCAACGCCUUACCUUUAAGCUCAGAUGCCAAGGAGCCGAGCCCCUCUGCCGUGGCGGGAUCCGACCCGCCGGGAACACCGCGGAUAGGUAACGGCGCGAGCGACGACAAAGUACCAAGUGUGCUCGACGAAGCCUCUAUCGAGGAUCCAGCUCAUUAUCCUAAGGGAGACCGCCUCAUCAUAGCCACAGCCAUUCCCGAAAUCACCGAUGCUUUCGGUUCCGUCACCGAUGUGGGUUGGUACGGAAGCGCCUACAUGCUCACCAACGGCGCCCUUCAACUCACGUACGGAAAACUCUAUACCUUUUGGAAUAUCAAGACUGUCUUCCUCGUCACCGUCCUCCUAUUCGAGAUCGGCUCCGCCCUUUGCGGCGCCGCCAUCGGGUCCAGCAUGUUCAUCGCCGGCCGCGCCAUCGCCGGUGCCGGUUCCGCCGGUCUCUUCUCCGGCUGCAUUGUCAUCCUUGUCAACGCCAUGCCGCUCCGAAAACGACCAAUCAUGCAGAGCCUCUUCGGGGCCGUUUUCGGCAUCGCCUCUGUUGUCGGCCCCCUUGUCGGCGGCGCCCUAACUACCCACGUCACCUGGAGGUGGUGCUUCUAUAUCAACCUGCCCUUUGGCGCCGUCGCUAUCGCAGUGAUUUUCUUCUGCCUCAAGGUCCCCAAAUCCACCGCGGAGGCAGAUCAGGAUCGGGCUGGACCAAGCAGCGAUCACACCUCGGAGGAAGCCGGCCUUCAGGCGAAACCUGCCCAAUCCGGGGUAUGGAGCAAGGUUAGGCAGCUGGACUUUGUGGGAAUGACGGCCUUUAUUCCUGGAAUCGUGUGCCUAUUGCUCGCCCUGCAAUGGGGGUGUCAAUGGAAUAGCGGCGUCAUCAUCGCCCUCUUCGUCGUCGCAGGCGUUCUCCUCGUCGCCUUCUGCGUCAUCCAGGCCCUGCUCCCGGACACGGCGACCAUCCCGCCCCGCGUCAUCACAUCAACCCGCAGCAUUCCCGCCGCCACCAUGAUCACCAUCUGUAUCGGCAGCCACAUGAUGAUCAUGGUCUAUUUCCUCCCCAUCUGGUUCCAGGCCAUCCUCGGCGCCACCGCCGUUGACUCCGGUGGGCCCUUACCUCCCGCCUCUCUUCGCGGGGUCUCUCAUCGCCGUUGCCGGCUGCGCGUGCCUCAUGACCCUGACCCCGAAUCUGGCCCCGCCAAAUGGAUUGGCUACCAAGUCCUCUACGGCUUCGGCCUUGGCUUCUCCUUUCAGGUACCCAACCUUGCCGCCCAGACCGUCCUCCCGCAUAUUGAUGUUCCUGUGGGCACCGCCCUCAUGAUCUUUGGCCAGCAGCUGGGCGGCUCCAUCUUCGUUUCCGUCGGCCAGAGUGUCUUUUCCUCUGAGCUUCUGAAGAGGCUCUCCGGCGUCGAAGGCUUUGAUGUGAAUCUCCUCUCGGACACCGGAGCUACGACGCUCAUCGAGUCUGUCCCGACUGACCUAAGAAGUCGAGUCAUCAAGGAGUACAACGGAGCCCUGAGCCGGGUGUUUAUGAUCGGUCUCAUCAUGGCCUCCCUCGCCAUCCCUUUUGCUUUGGCUAUGGAGUGGAGGAGUGUCAAGGAAAAGCCCAAGGGUGGCGUGGAGGAGGUGGGAGUAGGAAGAGAUGAAACGGAGGAAAAGUCAGGGUAA